AUGUCCAUGCCAGUCUGGUCCAGCGGUCUCUUCUCCUGCUACCAGGACAUCUACUCCUGCCUGCUGGGCUGCCUCUGCCCCUGCGCUCUGAUCGGUGGACUGGCGAGCAAAAUGGGAGAGAGCUCUAUGCUGGGGUGUCCGUGCUGGAUGCAGGUCGCAGCCAACGCGAUGCGGGCGUCCAUCCGCGAGAGAUACCGCAUCAGCGGCUCCCUGUGUAACGAUCUCCUCACCCUCCACUGCUGCUUGCCGUGCGCCGCGUGCCAGAUGCACCGCGAGGUGUCCGUGCGGGGCUGGCACCGAGGACGCAACAGCAUGGACGGCCUCCUGCGCUCCGCUGGGUUCAACCCCUACGCCGAGCCCGGCAUGGGCAUCAAUCCCAGGGCCAUGGCCUGA